AUGGAAAGCAAAAUAAGAGCUCAGUCAGAUAUGUACCACCGAAUAGAAAAUGCCAGAGUCAAUUUUAAGAAAUCUCCAAAAGAUAGGCUAACUUCAAACUACAUAGAAACUAGAAUUGAUAUUUUGAAUGGACAGUGGGAAACAUUUAACAAAGUACAUGAACAACUUAUUAGUGAAGUUAGUGAUGCUGAUUAUGCAGAGUUAGAUUACUUUAACGAGGAUUUUUACACCAAAACAGAAGACUUAUACGCAGAUUAUAAAACAGAAUUAAAGGCAAGCUUGGAAAAAUGUACUCGCGUACCGACCAAAACGCAGGACACAUGUAGAAUUUGCAAAAAGAAACACCACUCGCUAUUGCAUUCAACCACCACCAACGUUCAAUCAAAUAAUGUAAAGGUAACCACUCAAUCGAAUAGUAACAAUGUUGUCGCGGCAACAGCGACAGCAUCAGACGAAAAUGAUCAGACCAACAUUACCACUUGUUUCUCUAACAACAAGAGUCAAGUGCUUUUAGCAACCGCUUUAGUAAAAGCUGAAACAAAAAACGGAUCUUUUAUGACACUUAGGUCUUUACUGGACCAAGGAUCACAGGCUUCGUUUAUAACGGAGUCUGCAGUCCAAUUACUUGGGCUGAAGAAGGAAACAAGCAAAAGUGUCAUAUUUGGAGUAGGGAGUGAGUGCAACUCUAAACAUGUAGUACACAUAAAACUACAAUCGAUCCAUGAUCCAACCUUCAACAUUAAAGUAAUAAUGGAAAGCAAAAUAAGAGCUCAGUCAGAUAUGUACCACCGAAUAGAAAAUGCCAGAGUCAAUUUUAAGAAAUCUCCAAAAGAUAGGCUAACUUCAAACUACAUAGAAACUAGAAUUGAUAUUUUGAAUGGACAGUGGGAAACAUUUAACAAAGUACAUGAACAACUUAUUAGUGAAGUUAGUGAUGCUGAUUAUGCAGAGUUAGAUUACUUUAACGAGGAUUUUUACACCAAAACAGAAGACUUAUACGCAGAUUAUAAAACAGAAUUAAAGGCAAGCUUGGAAAAAUGUACUCGCGUACCGACCAAAACGCAGGACACAUCACUCGAAUUUUUGAAUCCUAAAAUCACAAAAUGUACUCAAUCCCAUCAUGUAGCCACAAAAAAUAAUGACAAGAUAUCUGUUCCAUGUUCCUACUGUUCUGCUAAUGAUCAUAAGCUCGGAAAUUGUAAGAAGUUCGCAAAUGAAACUCUAUUAGCACGCCGUAACUUUGUCCAAACCUCCAACUUGUGUUUUAACUGCUUAGGCGCAAAUCAUUCGGUCAUAAUGUGUCGUUUGCCCACCAGAUGUAGAAUUUGCAAAAAGAAACACCACUCGCUAUUGCAUUCAACCACCACCAACGUUCAAUCAAAUAAUGUAAAGGUAACCACUCAAUCGAAUAGUAACAAUGUUGUCGCGGCAACAGCGACAGCAUCAGACGAAAAUGAUCAGACCAACAUUACCACUUGUUUCUCUAACAACAAGAGUCAAGUGCUUUUAGCAACCGCUUUAGUAAAAGCUGAAACAAAAAACGGAUCUUUUAUGACACUUAGGUCUUUACUGGACCAAGGAUCACAGGCUUCGUUUAUAACGGAGUCUGCAGUCCAAUUACUUGGGCUGAAGAAGGAAACAAGCAAAAGUGUCAUAUUUGGAGUAGGGACAUCUGAAAGAAUCUUAAAUGAUUUUUAUAUGGAUGACUUACUUACUGGCUGCGAAACAGUCCUGGAAGGAAAACAAAUCUAUAAAGAGAUCAACGAAUUACUGAGCAAAGGGGGGUUUGAACUUCAGAAAUGGUCAAGCAACAAUGAAACUCUGUUAAAGGAAAUAAGCAAAGAAAUAGAAACAACAGAAAGCAAUUUGGAACUCAAAAUAGAUGAAAUCAUUAAAAUACUCGGACUUACCUGGAAUCGACGUACCGACAACUUCGAAUACUCCGUGCAGCUACCGCCACUCGUAGAACCUAUAACAAAAAGAAAGGUUAUAUCAGAUAUUGCAAGACUGUUUGAUCCUAUGGGAUGGAUUGCUCCAGCCAUUAUAAAAGCAAAAAUCUUCAUUCAACAGCUGUGGCUAGCGGGAAUCGGUUGGGAUGAAGAGCUCCCACCGAAACUACUCAAUGAUUGGAUUUCUUACCGAGGUGAACUUACGGCACUUACACAAUUUCGUCUGCCGCGCUGGAUUGGUAUGAACAAGACAUGUAUGAAACUGGAGUUACACGGAUUCAGUGACGCCUCUGCGGAUGCGUAUGCUGCUGUAGUUUACGCUCGCGUGGUAGAUGAAUCUGGAACUGUCAGGGUUACUCUCAUUACGUGUAAAACUAAGGUAGCCCCAAUAAAGCAAGUGUCUAUCCCGAGGCUAGAGUUGUGCGGCGCCGUUCUUUUGGCGAGAUUAUUAAGGGAAGUCUCUGAAGUUUUGAAAGUACCGAAGACAAAUCUACAUGCAUGGACGGACUCCACAAUCGUUUUGGCUUGGUUGAGCAGUCAUCCAAGCCGCUGGAAGACGUUCAUUGCAAAUCGAGUUUCAGAAAUUUUGAACAUUUUGAACAGAGAUCAGUGGUCACAUGUGUCAUCUACUGACAACCCGGCAGAUUGCGCUUCCCGUGGAGUCAACCCGUCGGAAUGUGAAGCAAUUCCCCUCUGGAAAGCUGGACCUGCAUGGUUAAAGGACACGAAUAUGGAAUAUGACAGGAAGGAGUUAAGCGACACGGAUUUGGAAGAGAAAGGAAAGAAAGUUUGUCAUGUGACCAGGGAAGAUGAAUUUGAAUUAUGGAUUAAGUUUUCGUCUUUACAAAAAUUGACCAGAGUUAUAGCUUAUUGUUUGAGAUUUAUAUCAAAGACGAAAAAAUCUACUGAAGCAACAACAUUUCCGAUUUGGUGGUCUAGCGAAUAUUUGACUCAGUUUCUGCAACGUCACCGGUGGGCAAACCAAACACCAGAGCCUAAAAUUGGGGACUUAGUUUUAGUUAAGGAGGAUGAUCUUCCUCCAGCGAAAUGGCUUAUGGGUAUUAUUAUAGAAAAACAUAAGGGUGUGGACAAUAUUACGCGGGUUGUGAGUCUCAAAUGCAAAGAUGCCAUAAUUAAAAGGCCUAUUGUAAAAUUGUGUGUCUUGCCAGUGGCAGAAUAA